AGGGUGCUUGUCAGCCUGUUUGCUUACAGAUGCAUCAUAAGCCAAAUUGUGGCACUGAAUUUCUAAACACAAGAAAUUGUGUUUAGUAUCAGUAUAUGUGCAAUACUCUGUCCUGCAGUAGCCGAAUAGCUGAGAAAAGAGACUAUGUUUCUACUUUUAGAGAUGAAAUAAAACCAGUGAAAAGGAGAGAGGAACAAAGCAGUAUGUCAGCUGAAACACCAAUCACACUGAGUAUCGAUCCUCAGGAUCUGCAGGUCCAAACAUUCACUGUUGAGAAGCUACUGGAACCUCUCAUUAUCCAGGUCACCACACUUGUAAAUUGUCCCCAGAAUCCUUCCAAUAGGAAAAAAGGACGUUCAAAAAGAGCCAGAGUUCUUCUAGCUUCUGUGGAGGAAGCAACCUGGAAUUUAUUAGACAAGGGAGAGAAGAUUGCCCAGGAAGCCACUGUUUUAAAGGAAGAGCUUACUGCUGCACUUGAGGAAGUUCGCAAAGAAAGUGAUGCUUUGAAAAUAUCAGCUGAAAGAUUUACAGAUGACCCCUGUUAUCUCCCAAAAAGGGAGGCUGUGGUUCAAGCCGCCCGUGCCUUGUUGGUUGCAGUUACGAGACUCCUUGUCCUCGCAGACAUGAUUGAUGUCAUGUAUCUUCUGCAGCACGUGUCAGCUUUUCAAAGGACAUUUGAGUCUCUUAAAAAUGUUUCCAACAAACCUGACCUCCAGAAGACCUACCAGAAGCUUGGGAAGGAACUGGAAAAUCUUGAUUAUUUAGCCUUCAAACGUCAGCAGGACUUAAAAUCUGCAAACCAGAGGGAUGAAAUCGCAGGCGCCCGGGCCUCACUGAAGGAGAACUCCCCUCUCUUGCAUUCAAUUUGUUCAGCUUGUUUGGAGCAUUCUGAUGUUGCUUCUCUCAAAGCUAGCAAGGACACAGUUUGUGAAGAAAUUCAGAAUGCCCUCGAUGUGAUUUCAAAUGCUUCACAAGGCAUACAGAAUAUGCCGGCUCCAACAGAGCCUCAGGCAGCAACCCUGGGAAAUGCCCUUGAAGAACUUGAGACUUUAAUUAUCUUGGAUCCACUCACAGUGACUGAGGAGGAAAUAAGACCAUCACUAGAGAAACGUCUAGAAGCCAUUAUCAGCGGGGCAGCUCUGUUGGCGGACUCUUCAUGCACAAGAGAUUUCCAUAGAGAGCGAAUUAUUGCAGAAUGCAACGCGAUUCGCCAGGCUCUUCAGGACCUGCUUUCUGAGUAUAUGAACAAUACUGGAAAAAAGGAAAGGAGUAAUACGCUGAAUAUCGCCAUAGACAACAUGUGCAAGAAGACAAGAGACCUCCGCAGACAGCUCCGUAAAGCUAUUAUCGACCAUGUGUCAGACUCUUUCUUGGAUACAACUGUGCCACUUUUGGUUCUCAUUGAAGCCGCCAAGAAUGGCCGAGAAAAGGAAAUAAAAGAAUAUGCUGCGAUAUUUCGCGAACACACCAGCAGGCUUGUAGAGGUGGCAAAUCUUGCUUGUUCCAUGUCGACAAAUGAAGAUGGAAUUAAAAUUGUCAAAAUUGCAGCCAAUCACCUAGAAACUUUGUGUCCACAGGUCAUUAAUGCUGCACUUGCUCUGGCUGCAAGACCCAAAAGCCAAGUGGUCAAAAAUACCAUGGAAAUGUAUAAGCGCAUGUGGGAGAAUCACAUACAUGUCCUCACUGAAGCUGUAGAUGACAUUACCAGCAUCGAUGACUUCCUUGCUGUAUCUGAGAGCCAUAUCCUGGAAGACGUCAACAAAUGCAUUAUAGCCUUGAGGGACCAGGAUGCUGAUAAUUUAGACCGUGCCGCUGGUGCCAUCAGAGGACGGGCAGCCAGAGUUGCUCACAUUGUCACUGGUGAAAUGGACAGUUUCGAGCCAGGAGCUUACACUGAAGGUGUGAUGAGAAAUGUGAACUUCCUUACAAGUACUGCAAUUCCUGAGUUUGUAACACAAGUGAAUAUUGCCUUGGAAGCUCUAAGCAAGAACUCAAUGGAUAUGUUUGAUGACAAUCAAUUUGUGGACAUCUCAAAGAAGAUCUAUGAUACAAUUCAUGAUAUCAGAUGUUCAGUCAUGAUGAUUCGG